GCCAGCCAGGCAAGGCGACAUCGACAAGGUCAUUGACGCCUCAGAUACUGUCUCGGAGUGGCUGAAAGUGUAGACCUGAUUACCAGCCAGUAGAACCUGAUCAGCACGACUUCACAAGCACUCCAGCAUCACAGGGAGCCAUGGCAGACGGUACAGUCGAUAUUGGCCCUCGGCCAGGUGCCGACCACACAGCGCCAACAAUCCCGGCUUCUAGACCGUCCCAGCUAUUGCAGCAAGAUUCAGAGACCAUGAUUGUCUAUGAAUCGCCCAUGCUGGACACUCCCCAGCAGCCACUCGCCACGCCUUGGCUUGGGCAGGUUAUGGACGCCGACACGCCUCAGCGAGCCUUGACGAGGUCUAUGACCAAGAACAACCCUGUAAUGCUCCUCACUGGCGAAGAGGACUCCAUCAAUACCAGGCUUCGAAGAUCUGUCAAACGCAAAGGUCCCAGCAGUGUAGUCCACAGCCUUGAGAAUUCGCGCAGUAUCGUCUACGACAUUGAUGGAGCAGAAACAGAGAUCACGACUCCUUCAUCACCAAGUCGCAGACUGCGGGGCAAUAAUUCCUCCAGAGGAUCGAGAGCGCAGCGAGUUCGUCGUGCGAAGACUGUGAAGAACCUCAGCCCACCAGAUCGAGACUGCACUCCAACGACUACUGCGAUCGUCAAGGCAGCAAGUGAUCGGGUGCGCAAGAGAACAUCGAACAAGCUGACUGCAGUGGCCCGACCUCCUCGUCGCUCAGCUCGCCUUGCCAAGCCUCUGACCGAGUUCCACUUGUUCGGCCAGCUACCUAAAGAGCUCCAGAUCAUGGUCUGGGAGGCCGCGAUUGAGUCGCGAGUCGUCUACCUACGUAACCGCUCGGUUUUUCCGCCCUCGUACACGAGAGGGAUCCAGAAUGAGCAGCCCCAAUGGUUUCUUGCCUGCCAGACGUCAUGGUACGUGGCACAGUUUCACUACCGGACCAUGUUUGGGCUGCUGGCGACAAUCACACAUCCUGCAGAUUAUGGUCACCGCCAGGCCAUGAAUGCCAACUUGGACGUUGUCCUGCUCGAGCCAUGCUGUGCAGGCUGCCGUGCCUACAGCUGUACACGCCAUCAGUUCUCCAACCAAGACCGCGAGCUCGUGCGCCAAAUUGCUGUGCAGAUCGAGUCGCCCCUUCUCAUGCCAAGUGCUUCACCAUGCUGGCAGACCAUAUCGAUGUCGUGGCCCAAUGUGGAAACUAUUUACAUGACGCGGCAGUCCUUCACGGGGGCAGACCAGAAGCCGAAGGCUCUGAUCCGCGUCGCCGAGGACGAGCACGAAAAGAGGGUGUACCAGCGUUUCUUGCAGUGGAAGAAGUCGAACGGACAGGGCAACAAGGUCCAGAGGGUCGAGUUUGUAGUUGUGGUCCACCGCGAAGAGGGCAAGCUCCAGGACAGGUACCAGAGUGUGGUGCAGAGGAAGUCUGGGGACCCCAGCGACAUCGUUAUCGGAUGAGACACGCGUUGUGGUUAAUCCGCUGCGAUCCAGCUGAUGCCACUGGCAUCUGAUGGCUCCUGCCACAACUCGACGAGGUACUUUGAAUGUCCUUCUACUAUGGACUAUCCAGCGAGUCA